UCUCCAGUCUCCACUGAACAGCCACUGAACAGAACUGAAGAACAAGGAGGAUAAUGGCAUAUUCCUAUUAUCCUUCUCUGCAAAUUUCUCCCACUCUACUGCAAUCGCCCAAGCGCCGCUCGCUAUCGUCACACGAUUCUUCAAUUCGUCACCGCAAUUCCUCCAUUUCGAUCCAACGGCGCCUUCUUGUGUCUCGUCCUCAAAGAACCCUCAAGUGCGUAUCCCAGAGACAGCCCGCUAAUGAAGAAUACCAGAUCGAGAGGCUCUUUUCCAACCUCAAUCAAGCCACGCUCAAGAGGGAACCGGGAAGUCUUUCCAGUGCGAUUUUUCUGGUCGCUGGCACAACGGUAGGUGCAGGGAUUCUUGCUAUUCCAGCUGUGACUCAAGAAUCUGGAUUUCUAGCCUCAGCAGUCACAUGCUUUCUGUGCUGGGUGUUUAUGGUUGUCACGGGGCUGCUUGUUGCUGAAGUAAAUGUGAACACAAUGUGUGAACUGGGUUCUGGUGGUGUAUCAUUGGUAUCAAUGGCCAAGAGAACUCUUGGGACAUUUGGGAUUCAAGUUGCUUGCUGGUCAUAUAUUUUUAUACAUUACACCCUUCUAGUUGCCUAUGUGUCUCGCUCUUCAGAUAUUUUGACAAAUUUCCUUGGUAUUCCAGUAUGGGAAAGUGCAGCCUUGUUUUCGUUGGUUUUUGGAGGUAUAUGCUACUUUGGAAGCCAGCGGUUUAUUGGUGCUGUUAAUGGGAUUCUAGUAUUUGGAAUAAUCAUAUCUUUUGCAGCUCUUGUGGUAGUUGCAAGUGGAGACCUGCAAUUGGAUGCUCUCUUAAAGGCCAACUUUGAAGCUGCUCCUCUUAGUGUUCCAAUAAUAGCACUUUCAUUUGUUUACCAGAAUGUGGUACCUGUUCUUUGUACAAAUCUUGAAGGAAACCUAUCAAAAGUAAGGACUGCAAUUGUUCUAGGUACUGCUAUACCCCUUGUUUUGUUUCUUGUGUGGAACGCCGUCAUUCUAGGAACCAUUUCAAAUCUUGCAGUAGGCAUGGAUAAAAUUGCAGACCCAUUGCAACAACUGCAAUCUACAAAUGGAGUUGUUGGGCCAAUUGUCAAUGUUUUCUCACUUCUUGCAAUCGCAACAUCUUAUAUUGGCUUUGUUCUGGGGCUUUCUGACUUCUUUGCUGACUUGCUGAAACUUCCUGCUGGUGAGAGCAGACCUCUGCCCUACCUGUUGACCUUGAUUCCACCACUUGUAUUGUCAUUGCUAGACCCGGAGAUAUUUUUUAAAGCCCUGGAUUUUGCUGGAACUUACGGAGUUUUGGUGUUGUUUGGAAUUCUUCCAGCUGCAAUGUCUUGGUCAGACAGGUAUUCAGGUUCAUCGCAGUCCCUGAAUCUUCCAGAGCUGGUUCCUGGUGGGAGGUUUACCCUGGCACUUGUGAUGGGAGGUGCAGGAUAUGUGAUUUUCUCUGAAAUACUUCAGAACUUUGGUCACUUAUGACGAAUGUGAUGGUUCUGUUAGCUAGAGUAAUCUGAAGCCUUGAAAAGCAUUUGUGACCCAUUUGAUCAGGAUAUGUCUCUUGAUCCAUCGAUGCUAUUUAUUUAUUCCGUCUCCUAUAAUUUCCUUGUAUAGCCAUUUAUGAUGAGUUCUAAACAGCCCCUAUGUGGGAUUUGUAACUCACCCAUCACAAUGUUAUUUUUAAUAUUCAACCAUUAUAUUGAUAAA